AUGUUAGCAAUAAGCGCUGCUUUGAAUAUCUUUACUUGUCCUUUCGCAAUCUUACUGAAUAGUCUGGUAAUAGUUGCCGUAAAAACAAAGCGACGUCUGCGUACAAAAUCCAACAUCUCGCUGGCUUGCUUGGCAACAACAGAUUUUACUGUAGGACUGAUUGUUCAACCGUUGGUCAUAACCAAUUUCAGCUUAUUCUUCAUAGGUGGCAGCCCUCAAACCGUGACCUGUACUUUUGUUUGGGUAUCCAGCGCUGUUGGCCAAACAUGCACUGCAGCUUCGCUUCUCCACUUGCUGUUAAUGAGCGGGGAACGUUAUCUAGCGAUCAAACACCCCUUCGCCUACGAAAAUGGCCUUGUAACUGAAGCCCGUAUUAUUACUGCAUCCGGUAUGGCCUGGAUUUGCGCAGCGAUUGUCUAUGGCAUCAAAAUCAGCUUCCUUCCAGGAAUAAUAGUUGUUUUUAUCUCAGCCGUAAUAUCCACUGUAGUUUAUUGUCAUGUUGUCAUAUACAAAGAAGUUCGUCGCAACACACAGCAAAUCAUCGCUAACCAAGUUUCUUUCGCAGUGAAGGAAAAUUUACUCAAGAACAAGAGAGCUUUUAACACAACUGUCGUGAUAGUUUUGACACUUUUCCUUUGUUACAUUCCGACUUGGAUUUGGCUAAUUCUUUUCAUUUCCUUCAAUGGAGAAAACUCCUCUGACGUACGACAAGUCUCUUUCUUCCCUAUUAUCUUUCUACUAGCGCUAAAUUCGUCGAUAAACCCACUCAUCUACACGGCAAGAAUCAGACACUUUCGCGUAGCUUUCUUUCAGAUGUUAACAAGAAAAACCCUAGCUCAAGCUGAGAAACUUGAAAAAAAGAUGUUUGGAGCAAAUCGUGUGGGAGUUGCAUGAACUGAUACACAACCAGAAAACGAGAGGAAUGAGAAAAUUAGAGCAAUUAAGAGAAUGAAUGGAAGUUUAUUAAUCUCCCAUGGAAACGAAAGAAACAAAAAACUGUAUCAAAUCUUAUACUGAAAAGCCUUUGCCAGAGGUCUCUAUCCAGGGGCGUAGCCAGAACAUUUCAAAGGAGGGGGGAGGGUCACACUGAGUCAAAUAAAGGGUACUCACCAGAUUGUCAUGUCGACCUUCAUGCCGUGCUUAAAAAAGGUUUUCAAAGGGGCGGGGUUUGGUCACGGGCACCUCAGGACCCUCUCCCCCCAAUCUACGUCCUUGCUUUCCACAUGUGGGUUUAUUCGUGUGAAAAAUUAGGACUUCGGAGAGGUUGACUUAUCAUCGUCAGAAUUUUUAAGAAAAAUGCGAAUAGGCGUUUUUGCUCGACAAAUCAAUUAUUUAUUAAAUAUUUCUCAGCUUUCUCCAGAAUGAAAAUCAUUGCCCACUGCUCUUGUUUCUAGGAGCAAAAGCCAACAUCAAGACAACUUCCCACCUAAUUAUCUACGUAGAUCAUCUUAGAUUGUCGAAUAUGCAUUUAAAGAUACAACUCAACGUUUUCGUCAAAGAAAAGAAAUUCAUAGGUAUCGUAAGUCAAGUAUGGUGAGUAAUGUUACUUUUGUAAAUAUUGAAAAAUUAAAAUUAUUCAUUAAACAAAAGAUCUUCCUCCACGCAUCGUAAAUCAGCAUAGCGUUGUUUACUGUUUUAAAUGUGAUUUGUGUGAUUCAAAUUACGUCGGAUAUACGACGCGCCAUUUGUUUCAACGCAUUGCUGAUCAUCGAUACUCUGCCAUUGGUCGCCACCUGAGAGAUGCCCAUGGGAACAUUGACUUACUCAAUGAGAGCCAGUUUAGAAUGCUUAAAAAAUGUGGCACGAAAUGGGAUUGUCUUGUUUAUGAAAUGUUGUACAUAAGAACAAUAAGGCCCAAUUUAAACACCCAGAGCGAUUCCAUUAGGGCCAAACUCUUUGUUUAACUUUUAACGCUUUGUAAUUUAUUCACCGCUUCAUUAUAUAGAUACUCGAUUUUAUUAUUCUAGUUCACUUGAUAAUGACGUUCUGGAAACGUCGAAACGUCGUGUUAUGCUUUAUAAUAUUUUAUCGCAGAUUUUUAUUGUCAAAUGCUUUAUCAAAUCUUUACUUAGAAGAGAUAUUAGUGGGAAUAAAUUCGCAACCACAAGAAAAGGUGAUGAAGUCUAUGGCACGUUGAUUCUUUAUGGCCACACUGUGAGCUGAAGGAUUCUCCCCUUGCCUCGAAUUUAAUCGAAAUUUGCUGCAUGACUAAAACGAAGCCAGUAGUUUUUUUUUUUAGUAAUAACACCAUCUUACAUUUAAUGCAUAAUUUUUAUUUUUCAAUAUUUAUAAAAAUAACAUUACUUACCAUACUUGACAUUACUUACGAUACUGACCAAUUUUUUUUCUUUGACGAAAACGUUGAAUUGUAUGUAUAAAUGCAUAUUCGGAAUUUAGUAUACCAUCUAAGAUGAUCUACGUAGAUAACUAAGUGGGAAGUUGUCUUAAUGCUGGCUUAAUGCUGAGAAAUACUUCAAUCAAAAUUUCUAACAAUUGAUAAAUUUGGUGAGCAAAAAAGUCUAUUCGCAUUUUUCUUAAAAAUUCUGACGAAGUUAACUUAACCUUUCCGAAUUCCUAAUUUUUCUAACGAGUAAAACCACCGGUGUCCAGUCUCAAUUGGGUAGCAAAGACGUUGCGACGGAGAAAAGGGUCUUGUGCUGCCCGUAACAAGCAAGCCAGCGAGAUGUUGGAUUUAGUGCGAAGACAUCGCUUUGUUUUCACGGCAACUAUUACCAGACUAUUCAGUACAAUUGCGAGAGGACAAGUGAAGAUAUUGAAAGCAGCGCUGAUUGCUAACACGGAAUAAACGCCAGAAGUGAUAUUUACGCGUUUUUUCGAAAUAAACUCGAAACCAUUAAAAGGUGAUGUAGUGUUUUGCAUGUUGAUUCUUUAUGGCCGCGUGUGGAGUGGAGUAAAUCCUUCCUUGUCUCUCACUUAACUGUGUUUUAUGGUGCAUGACUACAGCGAAACAACUUGAAAUUGUUCUUUGAUUUUGGCACCAGUAUAUUUAAAUUGUCUGUUUUAAUGUAAAGGCAGAAGGCUGAGUUGAUUGGAAAAGUACUUGAAUGUUGGCUUUUGCUCUUCGUAACAAUCCAAGGGCAAUUUGCUUUAUUAAGAUUAUUUCAAAGUGGAGGGGAAAUGCUUCCCAAAAAAUUGACGCAAUUAGGAAGGGGCUUUUAAGAGCUACACAUGAAACUGAAAAUUCGAUAGUAAUUUCAUUUUUCUUUCCUGUCGGAAACCCUUUCAUGAUAAAUUCAUCUUUCAACGUGUAUUCUUGCAAUCGAGAAUUGCUCGAUUGCUAUAAUACGUUGAUAAUAGUUCAGGUCACGGUUUGAAUCCUGCCACCGAUGUGCAUCAAGCUGAAAUUGAUCACGGUCAAAGGUUGAACAAUCAGUCCUACAGUUAAAUCUGUUGUGGCCAAGCAAGCCAGCAAGUUUUUAGAUUUUGUGCAGACUCGUCGCUUUGUUUUCACGGAAAAUGUUACCAGAAUAAUGAGGAGAAUGGAAAAAAGGAAAAUAUAAAAUGUUCAAAGCAGCGCUCAUUGCGAACGCAGAAUAAAAUUUAGAAGAAUAUAUUAAAGUUCACACGGCAACCAGGUGGACAAUCAGACAUAGUUUGAAGCUACACUGGUUUACAGAUUUAAUGAAUGUAACCGAAGAAGUUACAAUUCAUAGACCCAACGUUUCGACACUCCUGUCUAGUGCCUUCAUCACCCCUGAUGAAGGCACUAGACAGGAGUGUCGAAACGUUGGGUCUAUGAAUUGUAACUUCUUCGGUUACAUUCAUUAAAUCUGCAAAUCAGUGUAGCUUCAAACUAUGUCAAAAUUUAGAAGAUUUAAUUGCGAGAGAAGUGAUAUAGUGUCUGCCAUGUUGGUUCUUGAUGGCGUCUGUUUGAAUGUAUAUGCGGAAAACUGGAAAAGAAACAAUCCCAAAAGAUCUGAGUAGAUGAUUGGAAAAGUAUUCCUGAUGUUGGCCUCCAUUCUUCGCGACACUCUAAAAGUAGUGAGAGCUUUCUUUAAACAAUUUUAAUGAGAAUGCAGGACAAAAAGCUUGCCAAUGAAAUGAUGCAUUCAAAAGAGAUGGCUUUUCAGGGCUAAAACUGACAACUUAAUGAUAAUUUCAUUCUGAUUUCCUCUCGGAAGACCUUGAUUAUUUCACUUUUAACGCGUAUUGCUGUCAAUCAAGAAAUACAGGGAAUGCAACAAAGUCAUCCAUAAGAGUGAAUUGAUUAAGAAAGGAUUACCAACAAAACUGUUGUCGGUGUAAGCAGAGAGGUUAAAAGAUCUAAUCGAGCAAAAAUAGAAGUAAGGCUACAUGAACCUUAUGAACGGAGGAAAGAUCCUGCUAAGUAGAACAACUAAGAAAUCUUAUGGCAACACAAGUAAUAGCUUGACUGAAUCCAAACUGAAACUCAGGAUGCAAUUAAGGAUAACUUUUUUCACCUGUUUGGGUUUCACAAGUAUGCUUAAGCAGCACAUAUUAGAGUGAGGAGCUCUAAGGCUUUUUGUUACAAUUUGUCUGUAUCGCAUACAAAGCGAACAAAAAAGGGUGAUGUCGUUCAGGGCACGUUGCUCCUUUACAGCCUCGAUUCGAGCGCUGAGACUCUUUCCCUUUCUGUCAUUUACUGCAUGACCACAGUAACCAUUACAAAAUAAUUACAAAACUAACAUUACCUACAGUACUAAUGGUUAUAAUUGAUUUCUUCUCUGUGAAUAAGAAGUUGUAUGUUUUAAUGCGUAUGCAGAACCUAGCCGACAAUCCAAGAUGAUCUAAGUAGAUAACUGAAAAAUUGUCUUUAUGUUGGGAUUUAAUCUUCUUAAAAAGAGACUUUUGCACCUUUUAAAGUGAUUUUGAUAUUAUUUUUCUUUCGGAGUUCCAACAACGAAUUAAUGUGAAGAGCCUGUAAAAGGUCUAUUCAUAUUUUUGUUGGGUUGCAAUAACGGCGAAACCAUAUAAUUCUCAUUUUUUUCUAAUCUCAUAUAUGACAAAGGUUGGAUAUUACCCGAUCAGCCAGGUGUUAUUAACCUUUAACUCAUGGUCUCAGUAAACAGAGGUCAAUGUUUUUCUUUCGGCCGGAAGUGGAAUCCGAAGGUAGAUAAGUUUAUGAUAUUAACCUCUUACUAAAUAACCUAAGAUGUGCGUGAACUUCCUUCGGGGCUUCUGUUAAAUUUAAGAUAAAAGACGUAUUUUUUUCUUUUUGAGUUGUUUGAUUUUUUUUAAUGACUUGUUCACGGUUUUGCUUUGAUGAGUUCUCGAUUUGAUCUUGGCUUCUUUUUUGUUGGUUUGCAUGUUUUUGUGUUGGUUUGCAUGUUUGUUUUUGAGGGGAGGAGAGAGUUGUGAGUUGAGGGGGAAUGGGGCACGCCUGAAGAAACAGGAACGAGAGUGGGAACUGAGCUCCAGUGUAUCGUUGUAGCUGUGGGGUUAGAAGAUGGGGGCGAUGUCCUUCUGAAGAGAAUUAAUUCUUAAAUCAGCGUGAUCGUGAACAUCAACGAAUUGCUUCUUAUUAAGCCACUUGUGUAAACGUAGUCUGACUCAUUGUGAGGACGUGAAUGCUCGUCACGGAAGUUAUUUUCGUUAGGGAGUUAUCUUUCUCACAAAACCAACUACCGUAACGAACUGAAGAACUUCUCAUAAAGCUGCCUCUUGAGGGGCGUCAGUCGGCGGCCAUGGCUUGAAAUCCACUAGUUCUUAGGGUGAUUGCAAUCAAACAAUCACCCCAAGAAGCGAGUAGACUACAAGUGUAUUGACGGUAAAUAUUACAAGUGUGUCUCCUUAAAAUUCACACUGUAUGCCUGUUUGGAAAUCACACGUUUAAGAAGAUAUGUUGUGAUGCAGGAAACACGUUGUAAACAUAUCGAAUAUGUUAAAGGUGAAUGCACGUUAUUUGCACCUAUCAGGAAAGAUACCUAUAAUAAAACCACAGUCUGCCUUAUCGGAUCUCUUUAAUUUCUCGAUUUUUUACGGAAAUUAAAGUUUACUCGAGCGAACGCCAGUCAUGGCGUUUUUCAAGACAUUAAUUUGACGUAACUUUGAAAGUGGGAAGGCUCAAAAAAUCGCCUAUUUGUUCGCCAGAGUCAAGCGAAAACCGACCAACGUCAAACUGAGUUUUUGAAAAAGUCGGACGCUGUAAUCUAAUCAAACUAAUAUAAUUAAUAUAGUUAGGGUGUCAUGAAGAGUCUAACAAUCGAAAAAAUUUUACAGCCGACCUUCAUUAAAAUUUUUAUAACUCUAUGAACUUGCCUAAAAAUUCGACAAUCUUCAGAGACCAAGAUGGAUCCCUGUGGUACUCCAAAUUUGGUAUCAAUGAGUUCAGAUGUUUUGUAAUUGACUUGUACUAACUGUCGUCUAUCAUUAACAUAACUCAAAAACCAUUGUAGUGGUUAGAGAACUUCAUUUUAUGCAAUUUUCCAAGAUCUCGAGAUGAUCGAUCGUGUCGAACGCCUUUGAAAAAUCUGCACAUAUAGCCAUGGUCAGCUCGCCCUUCUUCAUCCCUUGGAUGAUGUCGUCUCUGAAGCGCAUCAAUAUUGAGGUGGUAGAAUGUCCUUUCCUAUAGCCAGAGAUUUUCUCAAUGCGUAUAUUGUGUUCUUCGAUGAGUUCUGUCAUUUGCUUUAGCACGCAACAUUCAUACACCUUGGAAAAAACAGAAAGGAUGGCUAUUGGUCUGUAUUCAUCACACUCCUUCGGGUUGUCUACUUUAGGAACAGGAGAUUUUCUGGAUUUUUUGCACGCAGUGGGAAAGGUGUUCUGAGUGAUACAUUCGUCUAUGAUGUGCAUUAGCGUACUUGGCUAAAUAAGGUCAGGACCUGUGGCACAGUCAGUUCUUAUACUUUUGAUCUGUCGUUCUACAUCCUUAAAGGAGACUGGACUUAGUGAGAAGAGGUCGUUACCAUAAUUUGACAAAGAGGUGAUGUGGUUUUUCAGACAUUCUGGUGAGGAUGGAUUGGUUCCCAGUAUCCUUUGCGUGGUGUUAGUAAAGUGGACGUUCAACUCGUUAGGAUCAGCAGAAAUAGGCUUAGGGCUAGAAUUAAUAAUACUAUGUAUCAUCUGUCAAAGCUCCUUUGGCUUUUUCGCAGUAAAUGACAGAAAGGGAAAAGAGUCUCAGCGAUCUAAUCAAGGCUGUAAAGAAACAACGUGCCGUAAACUACGUCACCCUUGUUUGUUCGUUUUGUGUACGACAAAGAAAAAUUGUAACAAAAGGCCCAAGUGCUGCUCAUUCUAUUUUGUGCUGCUAAAACAUACUUACAAACCCAAACAGGUGAAAAAGUUAUCCUUAAUUACAUCCUGGGUUUCAGUUUGGACUCAAUCAAGCUAUACUAGUGUUGCCCUAAGAUAUCUUGGUUGUUCUACUUAGCAGGAUCAUCCCAUCAUCCAUAUGGUUAAUGUAGCCUUAUUUCUAUUUUUGCUCGAUUUGAUCUUUUAACCUCUCUGCUUACACCGACAACAGUUUCUUUGGUAAUCGUUUCUCAAUCAAUUCACUCUUGUGGAUAAUUUCAGUUACAUUCACUGCAUUUCUUGAUUGACAACAAUACAACUUGAAAAUAAAUUAAUCAUUAAGGCCUUCCGAGAGGAAAUCAGAAUGAAAUUAUCAUCAAGUUGUCAGUUUUUGGUCCUCAAAGGCCAUCCCCUUUGAAUGCAUCAUUUUAUUGGCAAGCUUUUUGUCCUGCAUUCUCAUUCAAAUCGUUUAAAGAAAGCACAGACUGGUUUUAGAGUGUUGCGAAGAAUGGACGCCAACAUCUGGAAUACUUUUCCAUUCAUAUAUUCCGAUCUUUUGGGAUUGUUUCUUUUCCAGUUUUCCGCACAGGCGCCAAAGAGAAAAAUUACAUGGCAGACACUACACCUCUCUCUCAAAUAAAUCUUCUAAAUUUUAUUCAGCGUUGGCAGUAAGAGCUGCUUUGAACAUCUUCACCUGUCCUCUUGCCAUUCUCCUGAUUAUUCUGGUAAUAUUUGCCGUGAAAGCAAAGCGACGACUCUGCACAAAAUCUAACAACUCGCUGGCCACGACAGAUUUAACUAUAGGACUGAUUGUUCAACCUUUGACCAUGACCAAUUUCAGCUUGAUGCACAAAGGUGGCAGGAUUCAAACCGUGACCUGUACUCUUAUCAACGUAAUGUAGCAAUCGAGCAAUUAUCAAUUGCAAGAAUGCACGUUGAAAAUGAAUUAAUCAUGAACGGAUUUCCGAGAGGAAAUAAAAACGAAAUUGCCAUCGAGUUUUCAGUUUCAUACGUAACUCUUAAAAGCCCCUUCCUAACUGCGUCAAUUUUUUGGGAAGCUUUCCCCUGAACUUUCUUUGAAAUAAUCUAAAUAAAGCAAAUUGCUCUUGGAUUGUUACGAAGAGCAAAAGCCAACAUUCAAGUACUUUUCCACUCAACUUCUCAGCCUUCUGCCUAUACAUUAAAACAGACAAUAUGCUUAUACUGAAGUGAAAAUAAAAUUUUUCGCUGUGGGACUGAUAUUUUCCACAUACGGGUACCAGAGUAAAAAGUAGAUAACACAAAGGCGAACUAAAAUGACGAGCUUCAAACCACGUGCGCACGAAGAAAGAGAAGUGGAAGGUUAUUUUUCAUAAAAAUGUAUUUCAAGAGCAUGCUAUUUUUAAAAGAGACAUAAUUUAGAAAGUAAGUAGAAAAAUGGUUGUUUGACUAAGACCCUGACUAAAGACUCUUCGCUCAUUACUUUCCUCUACUAAUGAUUACAUAAAUUACUCUCAAAUAUAGUUGAAGCGAACACGCACGGUAUAAACUCGCAAAAGUUCCUUUCUAAUUAUUCUUAUUGAUAUAAUUAACAUUAUCAAUAUUUCUUUCUCCCAUAUACCGUAAGUAAGACAAAUCAAAGGGCGCCUGUGGCCAACUCGUGGUUUAAGUAUUAAAGAGUUAUAUACUUGUAAAGUUUCUAUCAGUAAACUAAGGUGUUUAAAAAAAGAUAGAAAGUAAAACCAUUGUUGCAAGUAUAGAAAUUAUAGUACUUGAGUAUGUGAUGGAAAUACCGAGGGGGGGGUACAUGGGUCAUAUUUUGGUGGGUAUGUGAAGCCUGUGUUGUGGCCAAUUAUAAACCCCAUCUUUGUCCGUUUUCUGGAAAGAUCGGAAUGGAAUGGGAGCCGUUUAUUAAAUAUUAAAAUACGGUAACAACUUUUUUACCAUGAAUCUUCCUGUUUAUGAAUCCUUACUUGCCAUAAUUUUCUUAGGAUUAAAAUCUCAAAAAUGUGUAACCCCAUUCUAGUAACUCUAUUAAAAAUAUAUGAAAAUGCCACACCAUAAAAGUCGAUGCAGUCGUGAAAAUGCGACCCUAUCCAACAGAACUUUGUUAGCCUAUCUCUAGGAAUUUUAACCCUCUCCCCCCAGAAAAACGCCUCCUGUUUUUAGGCUUAUUCUGAAUCGGUGAUACAAAAUAUUCAGUUCUACUUGUACAUCUGUCAAAUCCAUUCCCGUUUCAAACAGCCCAAAUAAUUUGUUUACACCUAAAGAAUCAGGUUUUGCCAGAAAAAUCCAUGUAUGUAUGGCAAAGUCAUGUCCCAGAUCAGCCAUAAGACGGAUUCUGGAUAUUACUUUUCGCUUUUAUCCGUUUUGUGAACACCUUGUUCUAUACGUUCAAGCAGGAGAUAAGUGUCGACCUGAGUUUGUCCCUCUAAAGGCUGGUUUAUUACUUAUGACGGAGUUGGAGUCACAGUUGUAAUCAGAAGUGCGCGCAGGGUCUCUCAAAAUGGCGGCGAAACCCGAAGAUUGUCAAGUUCUUAGAGUCUAAAUUGUCUAUCAAAGUUACGUCAAAUUAAGGCCUUAUAAAUCACCACGACUACCGUUCGCUCGAGUGAACUUUGACUUCCUUAAAACUCGAGAAAUUAAAGAGAUCCGAUCAGGUAGAUUGUGGUUUUGGUAUAAGUACAGGAAAUUAAAGUCUUGCAACACACAAGAAAAAGGCGAAAUCUGUGUCUCAAGUCAAACUGAUCAGACCACUCUUCCGAAGACUCUUUUAAGUGUCAUGACGUUUAGUAAGUCUGAUUGUUUUCUGGUUUCGUUUUGUAUUUCGUUGGUGUUGUCCAACCAUCUUUGGCAUUGCAAUUUUUAAAAUUGCCAUUCUCUUCUUUCCUGAUGGGUGUAAAUAACGUGCAUUCACCUUUGACAUAAUCGGCGUGUUUAAAAGGGGUUUUCUACAUCACAACUUAUCUACUUAAACUUGUAAUUUCCAAACAAGCCUACAGUGUAAAUUUUUAAGGAGACACACUUGCAGUAUUUACCGUUAAUACACUUGUAAUUUGCUCGCUUCUUGGGGUGAUUGUUUGAUUGAAAUCACCCUAAGAAGCGAGUGGAUUGCAAGCCAUGGCCGCCAACUGAUUUCCCUCAAGAAGCAGCUUUAUGAGGAGUUCUUAAGUUCAUUACGGUAGUUAUUUUUGUUGAAAAGAUAACUUUCCAACGAAAAUAACUUCCGUGAUGAGAAUCCACGUCUGUCACAUCCCAAGACCAAUAAUAAGCAAUUCCUUGAUGUUCACGAUCACGCUGAUUGAAGUAUUAAUUCUCUUCAGAAAGACGUCGCCCCCACCCCCUUUCCCCACAGGAACAACUACACACUGGAGCUCAGUUCCCAUUUUCGUUCCUGUUUCUUCACGCUUGUCCCAUUCCCCCUCAACUCUCAACUCUCUUCCCUCCUCGAAAAAGAGCAAACAAACGAACAAACAAACAUGCAAACCAACAUAAAAACAACCAAGAUCAAAUUGAGAUCUUAUCAAAGCAAAACCGUAGACAAAUCAUCAAAAAAUAAAAUAGCGAACAACUUAAUAAAAACAAAAUAUGUCCUUUACCUUAAAUUUAAAUCACAGAAGCCCCGAAAGAAGUUUACCCACAUCUUCGGUUAUUUAGUAAGAGUUUAAUAACAUAAACUUAUCUCCCCUUGGAUUCCACUUCCGGCCGAAAAAGAAACAUUGACCUCUGUUUACUGAGACCACGAGUUAAAGGAUAAUAACAGCUGGCUAAUCAGAUAAUAUCCAACUUUUGUCAUGUAUUAGACUACGCAGGAAAAAACGAGAAUUCUACGGUUUGCAGCCCAACAAAAAUAUGGAUAGACUUUUUACAGGCUCGUCUCAUUAAUUUGAUGUUGGAACUCCGAAAGAAAAAAAAAAGCCUUUUCCGGCAUAGAAUUAAUUUAAAAGGCGCAAACCGUGACCUGUACUCUUAUCAACGUAUUACAGCAAUCGAACGAUUAUCGAUUGAAAAAAUACACGUUGAAAGAUGAAUUGAUCAUGAAAGAGUUUCCGACAGAAAGAAACAUGAAAUUACCAUCGAGUUUUCAGUUUCAUGUGUAACUCUUAGAAGCUCCUUCCUAACUGCGUCAAUUUUUGGGGGAAACAUUUCCCCUGCACUUUCUUUAAAACAAUCUAAAUAUUGCAAAUUGCACUUGGAUUGUUACGAAGAGCAAAAGCCAACAUUCAAGUACUUUUCCGCUCAACUUCUGCGCCUUCCGCCUAUAUAUUAAAAUAGACAAUACACUUGUACUAAAGUGAAAAUCAAAGAACGAUAGCAAGUUGUUUCGUUGUAGUCAUGCGCCAUAAAACACAGUUCAGUAAGAGAAAAAGGAAGGAUUUUCUCUGCUCAACACGCGGUCAUAAAGAAUCAACAUGCCAAACGCUACAUCACCUUUUAGUGGUUUCGAAUUUCUUUCAAAAAAUCACACAAAUAUCACUUCUGGCGUUUAUUCUGUGUUAGCAAUAAGCGCUGCUUUGAAUAUCUUUACUUUUCCUUUCGCAAUUUUACUGAAUAGUCUGGUAAUAUUUGCCGUGAAAACAAACCGACGUCUUCGUACAAAAUCCAACAUCUCGCUGGCUUGCUUGGCCACGACAGAUUUUGCUGUGGGACUGAUUGUUCAACCGUUGGUCAUAACAAAUUUCAGCUUGUUCUUCAUAGGCAGUAGCCCUCAAACCAUGACCUCUACUUUUGUUUCGGUAUCCAGCGCUGUUUCGCUUCUCCAUUUGUUGUUAAUGAGCGGGGAACGUUAUCUAGCGAUCAAACACCCCUUCGCCUACGGAAAUGGCCUUGUAACUGAAGCUCGUAUUAUCAUUGCAUCUAAUACGGCGUGGAUAUGCGCAGCGAUUGCCUAUGGCAUCAGAGCUAGCAUCUUUCGAGAAAUAAGUGUUGUUAUUAUCUUAGCCGUUAUCUCUUCUGUCGUUUGUUGUCAUGUUGUCAUAUACAAAGAAGUUCGUCGCAACACACAGCAAAUCAUCGCCAACCAAGUUUCUUUCGCAGUAAAGGAAAAGUUACUCAAGAAUAAGAAAGCCUUUAACACGACUGUCGUGAUAGUUUUGACACUUUUCCUUUGUUAUAUUCCGAUUUGGAUUUGGCUAAUUCUUUUCAUUUUCUUAAAUGGAGAAAACGCUUCUGACGUUGGACAAAUCGCUUUCUUUCCAUUAUAUUUCUACAAGCGUUAA